CCAUUGUUGUCUUAUCUUAAAAAAACAUACACCGAACAAAUUUAAGAGCAUCGCUCGACUUUAGUAUAAUUGGAUAAUCUCAUGUAGAUUUUCUAUACCGUGUCCGUUUAUAAAAAGAAACCAUCACAAUGUUAAGAGAGACAUCUACGGAAGAAUGUUGGUAUGAGCAACUGAUUUUGAGAACUGAGAAGUAUCUUCAACAAAGGAUCCGCAUAUCUUUACUUGGGUCGGUUUUAAUCACGGUUCAGGUCGGCUUUGAUGAUGCAAGGAACCCUUACUUUUUUUUGUUUGAGUUUUUAUUGUAACGUGAUAUUUAAAAGUGGCUUAAAUGGCUUAUGAUUUGUCUGCCCCUCAUUCUCUCUUAAUAGUAUAGAUUAUUUCUU